AUGUCACUUAACCACCCCCUCUCUACUUCAGACAGCACCCCGAACACCCUCUGGUGGACUGCCCACCCCACCAUGUUCCACCAGCACAACCUCCUCAACUUCAACCCCACCGACGACGACCCACAAGACGAAGGCUCGCCGCCGCCGGCGGAGCUGCCGUCGUCGUCGUCGGCGGAGAGGGAGCCGAUGUUCGAGAAGCCGCUGACGCCGAGCGACGUGGGGAAGCUGAACAGGCUGGUGAUACCCAAGCAGCACGCGGAGAGGCACUUCCCGCUGGUCGGCGAGGCGACGCAGCUGCUGAGCUUCGAGGACGAGUCCGGGAAGUGGUGGAGGUUCCGCUACUCCUACUGGAGCAGCAGCCAGAGCUACGUCCUCACCAAGGGCUGGAGCCGCUUCGUCAAGGACAAGCGCCUCGACGCCGGGGACGUCGUCCUCUUCCACCGCCACCGCGCCGACUCCGACCGGCUCUUCAUCGGUUGGAGGCGGCGAGGGGAGCCGUCGCCCGGUGUGCCCACGGUGGCGGCGGAGACCGGUGGCGGUGGCGGUGGCGGGGGGUGCUAUGCCGUGCGGCGUCCUUAUCCUGGGCACGAUGAUGGGCCGUCCCAACCUGGCUCCUAUACUCAUAAUCAAGCGGGAGGCGCACCCACGGCGGCGGGGAACAACCCGAGGAGGGUGAGGCUGUUCGGCGUGAACUUGGAGUGCCAACUCGACGGCGACGAGGAGUCCGAGCCACCGCCGGGCUCGAGCCACGGUCCGACCCACCACGACCUCUCCUCUAAUUCAUCAAACUCUGCCCCGUCACAUGGGCUUCACUUUAUCUGAGGAAGAUCGUGUCAACCACAAGAGAGAUCGCCGAGGAUAAGAUCUGUGGACGUGACUUCUCUUUCUUUCUUUUUUAUCCUUUUUCUUUAUUAAAUUGACUGGCCGAGCCCAACUUGGAGUGAUCAUUGGAAAUAUUCACCAUUGACAAGAAAGGGUCAAACAAACAAACAAACAAGAAAAAAAAGAGAGAGGAGAAAAAUCCCAGAUUUUCAGGCGAUCCUAGAGCUCACGGCAAAGGGAAAUCAUAUUGAUCAAGGAAGGGCAAGAAACAAAGAGAGACUGUAGAUGGGAACAUGAAGCGAGAGAGAGAGAGAGAGAGAGAGAGAGAGAGAGAGAAGGUGGGAAAAGGACCCCACAAGGGAAGAAAAAGAAGAAGAAAAGCAAGAGAUCAUCUCUUCAGCAAUGUCAAAUGGUUGAAAUCAGGGGUCCAUUUGCUGCUUGAGAUUCUAUAUAUCUCCUUGAUUUCUUUCUUUUCUUUGAUCCACGUAAUGAAUUAUUGAAAUGGGAUUUGUUCGAGUACUAGCAAAACACAACAAAAAAAAAAGGGAAGAAAGAAAAAGGGAAAGGGACGGUGCUGGUGGGUGGAGCUGAAGAGAACAUUGAUGGUGAUAGCAGGUCUCUCUCUUCUGUACAUACAUCUAUUGAAAGUGACCAAUAAUUUAAUCUUCUCAUGUGUUUUUUAU